AUUCCUGCUAUUUCUAGGUUUCCCCUGACCGUGGGAAUCCUGCUAAUUCCAAGAGAAUUCCCCUCCACGCAGAGAGCCACAGAAGAGGCGCAUCUCUUGUAAACACAGCGGCUCUCGCGAGAGUUCCUCGCGCCGCGCAGCACACGCAGGAGCGAGCGUCUAUGGAGCAGUGAAGCAGGCGGGAGACCGAGCAACCGACCCCGGCGCGGACUGGAGCAGGAGACGCGGGGUGAGAGAGGGUAACCUGCCUGUGACGUCGCUGCUGUGGUGUGUCUGAGCAGCGGCUUCCGUGGCGUGCUUCUCCGAUUAUCCCGUCCAUCCAUGCUUCAUUAGAGCCUGUAAGGAGGACGCGCACAUACUCAGGGAGGCGAGGGAAGCCCAUUGGUCUCCCAACCGACGCCAGCGCCAGGCUGAGUCACUGUCGAGGAGUGGGAAGAUCUAAAGAGAGAGGGAGACAACAUCACGGAGAAAGCGCGCGAGAGAAAAGCAGCGGAAGGAGGGGAAAACUGCUACACAACGCCUUUGAGAGCGAAGCAAGAGAGAGAGAGAGGCAGCCAGCGAGAACUACAGAAAGAGAGAGACGGAGCGCAGCAGUGAGGGAGGGAGAGAGACGCUGAGGCUGGGAGAGCUGACCCCCUCCCCUCUCCUCCCCCCCCCCACUCACUCCUUCAGGAGCUGGUGUGUAGGAGCGGCGAGUGCAGAGUGACUGAGGCAACAUGAGCGAUGUCACCAUCGUUAAGGAAGGCUGGGUCCAGAAGAGAGGAGAAUAUAUCAAGAAUUGGAGACCUCGCUACUUCCUGCUAAAAACCGAUGGGUCCUUCAUCGGAUACAAGGAGAAGCCACAGGAUGCAGAUCUUCCCUACCCUCUCAAUAACUUCUCUGUUGCAAAAUGCCAGCUGAUGAAAACUGAACGACCAAAGCCGAAUACUUUUAUUAUUAGAUGUCUACAAUGGACCACAGUCAUAGAGAGGACCUUCCAUGUGGACACUCUAGAAGAGAGGGAUGAGUGGGCAGAGGCAAUCCAGAUGGUGGCAGAUAAACUCCAAAGACAGGAAGAGGAACGUAUCCAGUGUAGUCCCACCUCACAGAUAGACAACAUGGGAGAGGAGGAGAUGGACACAUCUAUCAGCCAUCACAAACGCAAGACAAUGAAUGACUUUGACUACUUAAAAUUAUUGGGAAAAGGCACUUUUGGAAAAGUCAUUCUCGUACGGGAGAAGGCCAGCGGGAAAUAUUAUGCAAUGAAAAUUUUAAAGAAGGAGGUUAUUAUAGCCAAGGACGAAGUGGCCCACACGCUUACAGAAAGCAGAGUACUAAAAAACACGAGACAUCCUUUUUUAACCUCUUUGAAGUACUCAUUCCAAACAAAAGACCGCCUAUGCUUCGUGAUGGAGUAUGUCAAUGGAGGAGAGCUGUUUUUCCAUUUGUCGAGAGAACGGGUGUUCUCCGAGGACCGCACGCGCUUCUACGGCGCCGAGAUCGUUUCCGCCCUCGACUACCUGCACUCUGCCAAGAUUGUGUACCGGGAUCUCAAGCUGGAGAACUUAAUGCUUGAUAAAGACGGUCACAUCAAAAUCACAGACUUUGGCCUCUGCAAGGAAGGAAUCACUGAUGCUGCUACCAUGAAGACCUUCUGUGGGACGCCAGAGUAUCUGGCACCAGAGGUGCUGGAGGACAAUGAUUACGGCCGUGCGGUGGACUGGUGGGGUCUUGGUGUGGUCAUGUAUGAGAUGAUGUGUGGCCGACUGCCUUUCUACAAUCAGGACCAUGAGAAGCUUUUUGAGCUCAUCCUAAUGGAGGACAUCAAGUUCCCCAGGACGCUCUCUGCUGAUGCCAAGUCCUUACUGUCAGGCCUGCUCAUCAAAGAUCCCAAUAAAAGACUUGGUGGAGGUCCGGAUGAUGCUAAAGAAAUUAUGAGGCAUAGUUUCUUUGCUGGAGUUGACUGGCAGGAUGUCUAUGAUAAAAAGCUGAUACCUCCCUUCAAGCCUCAGGUGUCGUCAGAGACAGAUACCAGAUAUUUCGACGAAGAGUUCACAGCUCAGACGAUUACAAUAACCCCUCCUGAAAAAUUCGAUGAAGAUGGGAUGGAUUGCAUGGACAACGAGCGACGGCCACACUUCCCCCAGUUCUCCUACUCCGCCAGCGGGAGAGAGUGACACUGCCUCAUCCUCAUCAAGGUUACCACUGGAACAAAUUAGGUCUUCAGCUUCUAACAGCCCCGGCCCAUUUGACCCUUCAUCGUCCAUCUUGGUUCUUUCAUUUGUUUAGCUAGACCAAGGGAAACUUCUGAUUUAGGGUGAUGGGAAUUUGCACGUUGGGUCGGAUCGAGGUCCAGCCCACUCAAACCUCUUCACAGCUCCAGCCCAAAGGUUGGGUCAGGAUGGGAGAACUUUUACUGUUCGUCUUCAUUGUGUUUCUCUCUUUGAUUUGAGAUGUUGCUCCACAUUCCUUAUUCCUAGUAUCAAGGACAAUGAUAAAUACACAUAACUGCAUGGCUAGAGAUUCACAUGGGUUUUGCGAUUCUGGGUUCAGGUAGUAGAACUACUCAAAACCGCCCCAGUGUCAGCUGCUUCGGUUGUUACUGUUUUUAAGGUUCACCUUCUGUCAAAACUGCCAUAAACGGUUUACUAAGGCUUCACAGAGGACGUCUGUGUUCAGGACUAGCUUUACCCCUCAGCGAUCCACAACUCAGUAUUCCUCCGUGCAAAGCCCUGUGAACCUGACCUAUGCAGCGCUAAACUCUCACUAAAACUAGCCAGUAGAAAUACUCACUCAAUUCACCGAAGGCUUUAUUUCUUACAUAUCGUUCCCUGGGAAAAAUGGCGCGUUUGACUGAUGUGGAGUGUUUUAUGCAGCGAUACACAACUGUGAUGUACAGUUGAUGAUCAGUUUAAAUUCCCCCAAAAACCAAACUGUU